CGGCGGCGGCGGAGGCGGGGCUGAGCGCGCGGGGCCUCGCCCGCCGGCCCGGCUCGGGCUGGAGCUGGGCGGGAGCAGCUGCCGGAGCCGCAGCGGCAGCCGGAGACGCAGCCUAAACCGCUGGGAGCUGGAGCCGGAGCCGGAGCGCAGGCCCUGCCGGAGCUGAGCCGAGCCGAGCCGAGCCGAGCUCGCCGCCUGAUAGCGACUGCAGCGCGGGCCGAUGUGUCAUCCAGCCGCAGGGCCUGGGCACUGUCGGAGGAAGCGAGCCGCGACCGCCGGGCACCACUGGGCGCGGGAACCCGCAUCGCCCCUGCCAGGUCUGGGCACGGCCUGAACACGCAGAAGGUCCGAAGAGAAAAAGGAAGGAGGAUUCCAUCUCAGCGCGGCGUGGGCACUGGGCAGUGAGAAGAGUGGAGAUUUCACCUGGCACUGGGCAGAGGUGCCCGGAGCUUACUAGGCCAGGCUCGAGCAUCAGAGCCUGGCAUCCCCGCGGCCACGACCUGGGCUCUGCCCUGCUUGAGCCGGGAACCCAGUCAGCAUAGCUCCUGGACCUCUGCUGGCACAGGCCUGGCACAAGAAGCAGUGCCCUCACCUGUCUGAGACCUGGCCAGGAUCUGAGGGCCCAGGAUCUGGCCUAGCCCAAACUGGGGCUCUCUGGUGGCCCAGAGCUGGUCACUGGAGGGCACACCUCCUGCCCCAGCCCCUCUGGUACGGAUGUGCCGCUGCUGGCUGGAGCACCAUGAUGGCAGGAUGACCUCAGCUGAGGCAGUGGCAGUGGCUGACAAUGCUCGGGUGGCUGGUUCCCCCGAGUGGCCCCUUGAUGCCCCCCAGGCCCUUGGGCAGCCUGGCCGGGCCCGGGUGGCCAUGGCAGCACUAGUGUGGCUGCUGGCGGGAGCCAGCAUGUCGAGCCUCAACAAGUGGAUUUUCACAGUGCAUGGCUUCGGGCAGCCCCUGCUGCUCUCGGCGCUGCACAUGCUGGCGGCAGCAUUGGCAUGCCACUGGGGGGCACAGCGCCCCAUGCCCGGCCGCACCCGCCGCCAAGUGCUGCUGCUCAGCCUCACCUUCGGCACCUCGAUGGCCUGCGGCAAUGUGGGCCUGAGCGCGGUGCCCCUGGACCUGGCACAGCUGGCCACCACCACCACGCCACUGAUCACGCUGGCCCUGUCGGCGCUGCUGCUUGGCCGCCGCCAUCACCCACUGCAGUUUGCCGCCAUGGGCCCACUCUGCCUGGGGGCUGCCUGCAGCCUGGCUGGUGAGCUCCGGACACCCCCUGCUGGCUGUGGCUUCCUGCUGGCAGCCACCUGCCUCCGUGGCCUCAAGUCCAUUCAGCAGAGUGCCCUGCUGCAAGAGGAGAGGCUGGACGCGGUGACCCUGUUGUACGCCACCUCGCUGCCCAGCUUCUGCCUGCUGGCGGGUGCGGCCCUUGUGCUGGAGGCUGGUGUGGCACCGCCACCCGCUCCCACUGACUCCCGCCUCUGGGCCUGCAUCCUGCUCAGCUGCCUCCUGUCUGUGCUCUACAACCUGGCCAGCUUCUCCCUGCUGGCUCUCACCUCUGCCCUCACUGUUCACGUCCUGGGCAACCUCACUGUUGUGGGCAACCUCGUCCUGUCCCGGCUCCUGUUUGGCAGCCGCCUCAGCACCCUCAGCUACGUGGGCAUUGCACUCACUCUUUCAGGAAUGUUCCUUUACCACAACUGCGAGUUCGUGGCCUCCUGGGCUGUCCGCCGGGGCUUCUGGAGGAGGGACCAACCUGGCAAGGGUCUUUGAGACCUGGGGGAGGGCAGGAGCCUCCUGGGGCAGCCCCAGCCUGAAUCCAGCCUCGGCCAGUGGCCAUGGGAAAAAUGGAGAGCAGGUAGCUGCUGGGGCCAGCGAGGGAGAGGGGCCUUCUGGAAGGGCCACCUUGGAAGCUGGAAUGGGACUCCCAGAGAGACCCACCUCCUGUCCCUGCCCUGUCUCUCCUUAUCACAGACCCUACUCACCACUGGAUGGUGGGUCCAAGCCUGGCACAGUCACUGUGCUUGUCGGAGUAAUUAUUAUGAUUACUAUCAACUACUACACUGAAAAUUGCCGGCCAAACUUUGGAAACCUCACCGUGUUCUGAUGGCGACAACGAUGAUUCUUGGCGGUUGCACAAUCCUUCCUCCAGGAAGUGGGGGAGGCAGCUAGGGGGCCCAGGGAAGGGCUUCUUUGCUUCUGGGUUCCCUCCCGGGAAUUGGGGUCAUCUGGGCCAACUCCAGGCAGCUGCUGUGACCUAACCCCUGGGCCCCCCAAUUUUGGGUCUUCCGUCCUCAAAUAAACUAUUUUUGCUUGUA